AUGAAUUCCAAUUUCUCGGCCUUAUUGUGCGAGGACACUCUCCGGACCAUCUUGGAGAAGCUGUCCCUUCCUGACCUAGCUCGUUCCGCCUGCGUCUGCCGCCUCUGGCGAUCUGUUGCCUCCGAUAGGGACAUCCAGAUUCGCGCCUUCAUGUCACCAUGGAAGCUUCGGGACGUCAUUGGAAAACCUAGCUCUGGUGGGUUCUGGAGAGACAAUUCCAUCUCGAGAUUCGCCGUCUCUCACCGUGUAUCCCGUGGGGACUCCGUGGCCAGCCUUGCCGUGAAGUACUCCGUUCAGGUUAUGGACAUAAAGCGCCUGAACAACAUGAUGAGUGACCAUGGAAUAUACUCUAGGGAGCGGCUUCUGAUCCCCGUAAGCAAACCUGAAAUCCUGGUGGAUUCCACAUGCUAUAUUGAAAUUGAUACCCAUUCCAAAAGAGAGGUUGCUGUACUGUACCUUGAUGGUGGGCCUGGGCUUGACAGAAAUCUGAGCGGGCUUUUGAGUGGGCUGUCCACCGAAAGAGGCAAAAAGAGGGUGUUGGACUCUUUGAGGAGGAGCAUGCAAGUCGACGAUGGCACGGCACAAUACUAUUUGUCCAUAUCAAAUGGCGACCCACGAGCUGCCCUUACCCGUUUCUCUGAGGAUCUGAGGUGGGAGAGGCAUGUUGGUUUGGCUUAG